GCAAAAGCUCUCAUAUCUCACUAAACUCCUCUGUUUUCCCUCUUCUCUAAGAAUUAGCUAGCACACAACACAAUGGCCAUUGCAGCUACAUUCUCUGCUUUCUCUCUUCUCUUCCUCCUCCUUCUUAACCUUCAAGGCUCCUUUGGUGAUAACGGAGGAUGGCAAGGAGGCCAUGCCACAUUUUAUGGUGGGGGUGAUGCUUCCGGGACAAUGGGAGGAGCUUGUGGGUAUGGGAAUUUAUACAGUCAAGGUUAUGGAAAAAACACUGCAGCACUGAGCACUGCUCUGUUCAACAAUGGUCUGAGUUGUGGAUCUUGCUAUGAGAUGAGAUGCAGCGGCGACCCCAAAUGGUGCCUUCCUGGUUCUAUCAUGGUCACUGCCACUAACUUCUGCCCUCCUAACUAUGCCUUGGCUAAUAACAACGGAGGCUGGUGCAACCCUCCUCUCCAACACUUUGAUCUCGCUGAGCCUGCUUUCUUGCAGAUUGCUCAAUACAAAGCUGGGAUUGUUCCUAUUUCAUUCAGAAGAGUGCCCUGUGUUAAGAAAGGAGGGAUCAGAUUCACCAUCAAUGGCCACUCAUACUUCAACUUGGUUCUGGUCACAAACGUUGGAGGAGCUGGGGAUGUUCAUUCUGUGUCAAUCAAAGGGUCAAGGACAGGAUGGCAAACCAUGUCAAGGAACUGGGGCCAGAACUGGCAAAGCAAUGCCUACCUCAAUGGGCAGAGCCUGUCCUUCCAGGUCACAACCAGUGAUGGCAGAACCAUUACUAGCAACAAUGUUGUGCCAGCAAACUGGCAAUUUGGACAGACCUUUGAGGGCGGACAAUUUUAGAGAGCUUUUAAGGUCACAGUUUAAAGUUAUAUUUGUGUAAUAUAAUUGGGCUUGUUUGUUUUACGAUUGUGAGGGGAAGAAAGAAAGAGGGGGUAGAUUAGGAGGAGGAGUUCUUCAUGCCAAUAUGGCUUCUAACGCAGAGGUGGCUAUAUGGCACCCGCUAGGCCUAUUAUAUAUAUAAUAGUUGUUUUAGUUUAGGGAUCUUCAAUUCAUCACUGCCUUUUGAUUGUUUGAGGUGAAGGGCAGUGAAUAUCUCAUUUAUAGCCCUGUAUAUUUAAUUUCCCAAAUGGUCUAAAAGCCAAGGUGGGGCAAGUUAUAUAUCAAUCUAAUGAGCAUGCUUGUUGCAAAA